AUGACCAACCUCCUCGAUCUUCCUGUUGAGAUCUUCCAGAUGAUCACUCACGAGCUAGUCAAAAGCGCGAUCAACAACGUCAAAGGUCUUUCCCGGCGCUUUGAGAUCGAUAGUGUCUGGAGACUGCGAGAUGUUUGCCGUACCUUCGCUGCAGAGAUCGAGCGUAACGUCUUCUCCCAGCAGCCAAAAGAGAUCUACUUUAACGUAUACUCCGUUCAACGUCUUGCACUCAAGCGUCUGCCUCGUUACAUGAUGCAAGUAAAGCGCAUACCGGGGAACAUCAACGAAGACUUCCAUGGACGACUACAGCGCAUGACCAACUACAUUCUGCAAGAGCUUGACAUAGAAGAUGAGAAGCAACGCACAGGUAUCAUCGAACGAUUCUAUCUGAGCUUAGGCAAGAUCGUCGACGCGUCCAAAUUGAGUCACGCCUUGUGGUGCGAUUGCGGUCCCUCCUGCCAUUACGUCACCCAGAACCAGAACAGUACCGAGUUAUCUGUCCAAGAUAGGCUUUACACAUCUCUAAUGGUCGGAGCGCAUGAUGUUCUUGCUAGUGUUCUCACAGAACUCAGUGGUAUGGAGAAAGAUGCGCUCUUUGAUGUGGAACCUUUCCGGAUCGCACGAGAUCUAGGUGACACGGAGUCGAUUGACGUUAUUGUCCGUUAUCUCGAAACACGGUCGUCAUCAGUGCAAGCUGCUCUUACAUCUGAGGACGCCAUGUUUCCCAUACAUAGCACUAUCAGCAUCGCGCUGGCUACCGACAGCGGUACAAUCGCUCAAACUCUGCUCGACUACCACAAGAAGAAUCUACGCUCCCCCACGAGGCACGCCUACAACUAUUGGGUCUCUCGCGCUGUUCAUGCGAGUACGACCAAAUAUUUGCACAAUCUAACGGCCGUCUUGGAUUUCCACCCUGAGGGCAGGAGACGUGUCUUGCGCGAAACGAUGCUCUCCAUAUGCGCCGGAGGCAGCUCUGAAGAUGUUCAGGAAGCCCUCAAGCGGGUUGAAGAUGUGGACAAGGGAACAGCGUUGAACGCUCCCAUCUUCAUCGCUGUUCGAUCCGGUCGCGUUGCCGCUGUACAGGGCUGCAUCCAGGCAGGUGUUAAUGUGGACCUCGCCGUACGUUCAAACAUCCCGACACUUCACAAAGACACUAUCACGCCCCUCGACGUCGCUAUGAAUAGGAACGAUGGCUAUAUUGCGGAAGUCCUCAUCAAGGCCGGUGCAACAAUCCCACACAUUUCGCAGUGGCCAGGGACUGGGCGCGUGUACAAGGUGUUGCGUAAGGCCGUCUCGGAACGCACUAAUGUCAAGCUGCCGGAUCUGAGGAACUUUCAACACAUGAGCCUGGCGGAACGCAAGGAUAUACAGUAUUAG